AUGAAAUAUGAAAUACUGCUGGAAUACAAGCCAGGCAAAGAAAUGUCUAUUCCAGACACACUGUUAAGAGCAUCGCUACCAAUCAAAUAUCCCUCAAGUGAUGACUGGGAUGCACAAGUUCAUCUGAUCAUCAAUAGUUUACCCAUGUCAGAUGAAUAUAUGAACAUUUUUCAGCAGGCCACUGCAGAUGAUGCUGUUUUAAGGCUGUUAAAGAAUAAUAUUAUGAUAGGCUGGCCAAACAAGAGAGCUGAAAUUCCACAAGAAAUUCGAGCAUAUUCAGGAUUUAAAGAAGAACUUAGUGAAAGCAAUGGUUUACUUUUUAAAGGAGAAAGAUUAAUAGUACCAAAAGUAUUGCAAAAAGAAAUGCUUCAAAGACUGCACCAAGGUCAUCUUGGGCGAGAUAGAUGUCUUGUUACAGCUAAGGAGGUGUUCUUCUGGCCUGGAAUGUCUAAGCAGAUUAUAGACAUGGUAUCAACAUGUGCAGUGUGUAACGAACACCAGAAGUCCCAGCAAAAGGAGCCAUUGUUACCACAUGAUACUCCUGUACUUCCUUGGGAAAAAAUUGGAGCUGAUAAUUUUGAGUAUCUCGGUAAAAACUAUUUGCUACUUGUAGAUUACUAUAGUAAAUUCUUUGAGAUAAAUCUUAUCCCAACACUAAAGGCUUCAGAUGUGAUCAUACAUAGGAAAUCACAAUUUGCUCGACAUGGUAUUCCAAGGGAAGUAAUUAGUGACAAUGGACCCUUAUUUGCUUGUCAAGAAUUUCUGAAAUUUUCUAAAAGCUGGGGAUUUAAGCACAUUAUGUGUAGCCCAAGAUUUCCACAAUCUAAUGCGAGGCACACCGAGCGACCACACAUUCAGCCUGGGAGCAAAGUGUGGAUGCAAAAGAAGCCUAGCGAUUUAUGGGAACCAGCAGUGGUCAUCUCAGAAGCGGAGACCCCGAGAUCAUACUGGGUAAAAACACCGAAUGGGAUAACUUACCGAAGAAAUAGAAGGAUGUUAAGAGACACAUGUACAAAAUCAAGGGUCAUGCCUGAUAUUUUUGAAAUGGACACCCCAGAGACAGUCAUUAAUGGUCAAACCACACAGCCAGAGAACGUGAGCGAUACAAAUGUGAAACAGGAACAGACUAACACUACCAAUCCGCCGCCUGUAAUAACUCGAUAUGGUAGGCAAGUUCGGCCACCAGUACGUUACCCUUACGCAGAUAAUUAG